AUGGCAAUUAAAGCUGAACCCGAAAAAGUGCACCUUUGGUGCUACUUCAAGAAAAUUGUUGGGGUUUAUUCUAUUAAAGGAAGCAUCAUUGCGGAGUAUCUGGCAUAUAGAGUUGUGGAGGACGACCAGCCAAUGGAGUUUGACUUCCUAGAUAAGGAUAUCGAUUCGAUAAGCCAAGAAGAAAAAGAUUACAAAGGAUGGAUGAUGUUAUUUAAUGGGGUGGUCAAUGUGUGGGGACAUGGAAUAGGAACCAUACUCAUAUCACUAGAAACGAGACUUUAUCCAGUUGUUGCCAAGCUGACUUUUCCGUGCACCAAUAACAUGGCAGAAUACGAAGCAUGUAUAUUCGGUUUACAGGUCGCCAUGGACCAAGAUAUCAAAGAAUUAGUCCUGAAGGGAGACUCAACCUUGGUCAUUCAUCAAGUGACGGGAGAAUGGGAAAACAGGGAUUCCAAAUUGGUUCCGUAUCAAGGGUAUAUCCAGGAGAUAAUUAAAGGAAUUGAUAGCAUUAGUUUCUCACACCUGCCAAGGGAAAACAAUUUAAUUCCUGAUGCCCUGGAAACCCUAGUAGCUUUGAUCAAAGUAGAACUUGGAGUAGAGAUUGAUCCGAUUCAAAUCAGAAUACAGUUAGAGCUCGCUCACUGUGCAGUUGUAGAAGAAGCUAAUGAAAAAUCCUAG